GGUCGCCAUUGUGGGCUGAAGCAGUCAGUUUUUCGUCUGCAUCUGUUUCGUUUCAGAUUUAAAGUAUAACAUCUUGCGGAAAGUUAAUUUUUUCGCUUUUUCUGUCAAUUGUUUCCAGUCAGUAAAAUGGUUGGAUCAAGAGUGUAUGUUGGCGGCCUGCCAUAUGGUUGCAGGGAAAGGGAUUUGGAAAAGUUUUUCAAGGGCUAUGGCAGAACGAGGGACAUUCUGCUAAAAAAUGGAUAUGGUUUUAUUGAAUUUGAUGACUAUAGAGAUGCCGACGAUGCAGUCUAUGAACUGAAUGGAAAAGAACUGCUUGGAGAGAGGAUUGUUGUUGAACAUGCCAGAGGUAAUGCAAGAAGAGUUGGUGGAGGAGGAGAUCGAUACGGCGGUGGUGGUGGCGGAGGCGGAGGUGGUAGACCACGCAGGUCUGGCGGUUGGUACAAGGAAGCUGAUUUCCGCAGUAGCGACAGAUACGGACCACCAACGCGUACAGAUUAUCGUCUAAUUGUUGAAAAUUUAUCUAGCAGAGUCAGCUGGCAGGAUUUGAAAGAUUAUAUGCGCCAGGCUGGAGAAGUUACAUAUGCUGAUGCCCAUAAAGAUAGAAGAAACGAAGGUGUUGUGGAAUUCGCUUCUCAUUCUGACAUGAAGAAUGCCCUUGAAAAGCUUGACGAUACCGAACUGAACGGUCGGAGGAUCAGAUUGAUUGAAGACAGGAGGAGAUCUCGUCGCUCACGAUCGUCCAGUUCCAGAUCCCGAUCCCGCUCCAGGAGUCGCAGGCGCUCUAGAUCCAGGUCUAGGAGCCGAAGAAGCUCAAGGAGUAGAAGCAGGAGGAGCUCUAGGUCGAGGUCAAAGGGUGCCAAAUCUGCAUCUAGGUCUAAAUCCCGUUCAAAGUCUAAUGAUCGCAAGUCUAAAUCACGAUCCCGUUCCAAAUCUCAAGGAAUGGGUCAGAAGUCCAGAUCGAGAUCAGUUGACAAACGUGAUGACUCCAUGGACAGGUCUGGUAGUAAAGAGAAGUCAAAGUCGAGGAGCCGUUCGGUAGAAAAGAAUGGUGAUCAUUCUGCCAAUGAAGACAACAAUGAAGAUUAGAUUACUUAUUGACUAUAAUGUGAUGUAUAUAACACAAGUUUGGUGUCUGCAGUUUUGUGUUGUAUUGUAGGAUAUAUAUAUUAUAUAUAAAACAUAUUGUACAUUCAUUCUGUAUCCAAAUCCUUAUUAAUGCAAAUAUUAAUGUUCUUUUUAUGAAUUGGUUUUUCAUGUUCUAUAUUUGAUAAUUUCAUUUGAUUUUUUUUUUUUUUAGAUUUAAUUUCAAGCCUUCGGCUUUAAUAAAUUAUGUUAGGGACAAAUCCAGGUGUUCUUUUAGCUUGUGAGAAAGUUUGGUAAUGGGCACAAUAGUGUGUUUUUAUAACACGCACACUCGCACACACAAGUGUCUUGUGAGAAGAAAUGCUGGUUAUUGGGUCCAUAGCAAAGUAUAUGGGGUUUUUUGUCUUUGUACAUUAGGGAACCGUCACUUCUCUCUCCGUGUCUUAAUAUUAUAUAUCUGUCUGUUCUAUGGUUGAAUUUUGUAAUGUGUAAUGAUCCAGUUUGUUUCAGUUUUUUCAAAUCUUCUUUCCUCAUUGUUGAUGUAGCAUUUCUUGUUUUUUUUUUUCCUUAAUUUUUUUUUAAACUUCAUUGCUAUUAAAUAUAUAUUUUGUUUUUUUUCCUUGAAGGUAAUAAGUGUUAAUUAGCUAGUUGUAUACAGUAGCAUACAUACUGUAACGUAACGUAGUUAGAUUUGAAAAUAUAUUCCUAUUUGAUGAUCGAGAGAGUUUUAAGUCUUUAUCUCUAGACGUAAUUAAUAUUAUUUGUUGAUGUAUAUAUUUCUGUGUGUGAUGUAAGCAAUUUUCGAUCUUUAUUUUAGAGUUGCUAUUUACAUUACCAUGGCUUAACAUUUUUAAAACAUUUUCUUUUAUAUAACAAGUGAGUCUUGUUAAUUAGUUUUUAUUUGAGGAACUGUUAUAUUAAGUUACUUUUACUAAGUAUAGUUUUAAGAGAGACCAUUCAAUAUAAUUGCUAUUAGUUUUUCUAAUAAAUAUAUGUUAUAUUAUAAUUUAAUGUUUUAUCACCUGAAUAAAUUUAUUGAUAUCAAUACAAAUUGAUGACUCCUUAGCGGUAACAAUUUUGCUUUGUUUUAUUUUAUUAACGAGGAUAAUUGUUAGUAACAAGUGAUAUCGCAUACCCUCACAACAGGUAGGUUGCCAGUUCUCACUUCAUCAAGUCUUAUGCUCUUUAAUAUAUUGACCCUAUGCAUCAGUAAGUAAUUGGAAAUAUUAACUGUUAUGUAGAAUUUGUUUACUUUACAAAAUAUUUCUUAUGCAAAUUUUUAUUUGUAUCAAAUUAUUAUGAAAAUUCUUUGUAUGUUAGAAUUUCUGAUUCAAAUAAAUAAUAAAAUUAAAUA